UCAGUAUAUAUUCAGGUGAAUUUCUCCGGGUUUUUUUUCAUUGCUUUGGUUAUCCAAGCACUGUAGGUAGAAAGGAAGAGCUCCAGCUACUGUCCAGCACACUAAGACUCGUGAUGUCGCCGAUGGUAGGCGUGUCCCUUCUGGCCCUGGUCCUAUCAGGAGGAAGCUGGGCGUUUGUGCCCACCGGCGACGGACCCUCCACUCACGUCCGGAUGACAGAAUCAGCAGUGCUACAGAAGGUCGUCGAGGUGUGCCGGGCCAUCGCUGAGUCAGAGGGACGGGACUUCAUCCUCACAGGUAACUCACCUGAGGAAAUUGUCCAGGCCUGUCUGGGUCCCACAGCUACGGGGGAAGUUUCAGCCUCUAAGUUCAAAUCCGCCCUGAACGAGAUCAACGAACAGCACCCCCUGGUGGACCGAGACUUUGCCGACAGCCCAGAACAUCACUUCGAUUCAGAGGAGUUUGUUCGAGGCCGGGGCCUGAUCACCGAUGGGGUGGCCAGCAUCAAGGCCAACGUACGCAAGGAGAACUUCGUGGCUGCCAGAGAGACUCUGGGGAAGGUGCUGCAUACCCUGCAGGACUUCUACAGCCACAGUAACUGGGUAGAUCUGGGCUACACCCAACCAUAUAUCAACUUAUUACGCCCCGACCUCCCACUGGAAAACCUAGCGGAUUUCAAAACUCCAACCUGUAAGGACUGCACCAAUGGUGGGUUCUGUCCCAACUCCAUUUUGCCCGACAUCCUCAACAAGAAGAUACUCACGUCAGGAUACAUGGGGAUCUACACCCCGGCCAAGCCUAGAGGGAAGUGUAGCCAUGGAGGUGCUGCAGACCUGUCCAGCUUGGAGAUUCCUCGUGGGGGCAUCAGCAAGGAUGAGCUUCGCGCCGACAAUGUGGCCCUGCACAAUGCUGCUGUUACCUUGGCUACCACCGCCAGCCUGCAGCUUUUGGAUGACAUACGGGGCGCCGCUGGCGACAAGGACUUUCUACGCCUUAUGGGAAUAGCACGUUCCUCAGUCUUGGCUUUUGUGAUUGACACCACUGGGAGCAUGAGUGAUGACAUAGCUGAAGCCAAGCGAAUGGUCAACGAGAUCAUCGACAGCAAAAAGGGAACGCAGGACGAGCCCUCCCAGUACAUCCUGGUGCCCUUCAACGACCCAGAUUUCGGACCCUUGAUAAGAACGACAGAGCCUAACGUCAUGAAAGCGCAGGUUGCUAAGCUCACCGCCAAAGGAGGUGGAGACAAACCUGAGAUGUGCUUAUCAGGACUGCAGUUGGCGCUGACCGGUGCCCCAGCAUCAUCCCACAUCUACGUUUUCACUGAUGCUCCCCCAAAGGACAUUUCACUAAAGGACACCAUCGUCGCCCUGAUCAGAAGCACCAAGUCCACGGUGUCUUUCUUCAUGACCGGUGACGGAGCCGGUGCUCGGAGGAGGAAGCGUGCGGUUGGGAUGUUUGACAUCUAUAAGGAUCUGGCCCUGGCGUCUGGAGGUCAAGCUAUUGGUGUCAGCAAGGCUAACUUGCCUCAGGCCACUGACAUUAUUGCUGACUCAUCCACCUCUGCCCUGGUGACAGUGCUACAGCGAGCAAGGAACCCCGGCAAAGCUGAGAAGUUCUCCUUCCAGCUGGAUGAGUCUCUGACCAACAUCACCAUCUACAUCACUGGAAAAAGCCUCACCUUCACCCUCAAGAACCCGGCAGGCGUCACUCAGACAGAGACCGAGGCCAGCGGGAAACUGGGGACCGUCCAGAAAGUGGGAAACCUCUACCGGAUACGCCUGGCCUCCAACAAACAGACAGGAUUAUGGGAAAUCAACAUGAACUCCAACCAGCCCUACACACUGAAGAUCACGGGUCAGAGUACCAUUGCCUUUAUUUAUGAUUUUGUGGAAUCUUUUGGAGGGCCUCAUCCUGGAUACGCCCCGAUAUCUGGACGUCCAGAAUCAGGUGUUCCUGCAAUUCUAUUGGUGUCAGUGUUGGGCAAGAAGGGACCGGCCUCUUUCAAGAUCUCCGAUGUUGCCUUGGUAACAGUGUCAGGGUCAGAGGUUGUUGGUGGGAUCCUGGAAGGCAUGGGCAACGGCGACUUCCUUGUUACUGUAACCAAGGUCCCUGCGGGCGAGUUUGUGGUGCUGCUGAACGGGACCGACCUGGUUUCCUCCACUUUGUUCCAGAGACAGUCCACCACUCAGAUGUCCGUUUCCAAAGUUACCAUCAGGGCCGUGGUGGACAGAACCAUGGAGCCUGGUAAGGCCUUCACUCUUCCAUUCGUUGUCAUGACAAACAGCACAGGAGGCACUUAUAAAAUCAAUGCCAGGAAUGACAAAGACUUCACUAUGAACUACCCCACCAGCGUCAUGGUGGGGACCGGAGAAAAGGCCACCGCUAAUCUGACCAUCACAGCGCCCGCCAACACUGAGUCAGGGACGGACAUCACCCUGACCGUCGAGGCCGUGGCCCCGGGAUCUGUUGACUCCAACUACGUGGUCCUGCGCCUCUCUGUCGUCACCAAGGUGACAGAUUUCACUCCUCCUCAGUGUGAGGUUGUCAACGUUUCCGCGGUUGACUGUCCGGCCGACCCAGUGUUCUGCAACGCCUCCUUCUGGCAGCUCUCUGCUAACCUGACCGACGGCGUCAACGGCACGGGCAUUGCCACCCUCAAAAGCCGCCAGGGCGUUGGCAGCCUCACCCACACUGACCUGAAGCAGAUGUUUGUUGCGGCGUAUUUCAACGCCUCCUGCUGCUCUCGGACGGUGGAGCUGGUGGCGGUGGACAACGCCAUGAACGUCGGGACGUGUUUGCAUUCCCUGCCUUCCAUAACCACCUCUGUCGCCCCUUCCACUGCCCCUUCUUCAGGCCCGCCCACCGCCCCUUCCUCCGCCCCUUCCACCGCCCCUUCUUCAGGCCCGCCCUCCCUCACCCUCAGCCUUCCACUAUGGUUCUGUCUCCUAGUUUCUGCCUUGCCACUAUACCAUCCAGGGACCUACUGAUCUGACCUACUGAUCUGCUGCGCCACCGGGGAAGACCUAUACAUUUAUACUAAGUUUGUCUAAAAAUGUGAAAGUGCCCGCACACUUAUUCUAACAAUGCAUGUUUUAAGAGGGACAGAAAUGGGAACCUUAAAAGAACAUGCUAUAUUCCGUCUUUCACAUACCAAAACAAACCUUACAGGGGUCAAAAGCAUAUGGUUACGUUGAAGUUCUCAAAAGAAAUUGCUAGUUAAAUGUAUAGUAUAAAUACCUUAUAGUCAAAAGUUGACUAUAGUUAGGGCCAUGGUGGUGCGGAACGUAACCAACACAGCACUGACACAGGCUGCUCUUACACACAACAACAUGGAUAGCCUUGACACUGCCUUUAGCCGUGGUCCACAAAGCCCUCGGGGGCCUUGACAUUACAAACUGGUCUGGUUCUUAAAACAUGCGCCUGACUUCCCCUUUUGACAGACCUACAGCUGUCUAGAAGCCAAACAAACUGUCCUCUAGACAGCUUUUUUUGCACAAGCUCCUCUGACUGCCUGGAUAGGAUUCCGCAUCUGCAAUUCACACUCCCUCUGUUUUGGUGAAGUUUUAUGUUAAUGUAUUGUUGAGUUUUUAUUAUUGCUGUAAUUCAUGGCUCAACUACAAAAGAGACAUACUGCAGGUCUCAUACUGCAGGUUUGAUUCACUGUGUAUGGAAAAAAGAAAGCUAAAAAUAAAGCUCUACUUGUCAUUUAAUUACCAAGGUACUCAAGCCCCACCCACCUCAAAAUAAACCAAUUGUUACCGUCA